AAUCAAAUGUAAGAUUGCUGAAGUGGUGGACCAGUGGUUAGGGCUGUCUUUCAUCGGGGCCCUCAGUUUGAAACUGUCAAGUGGCUGCUAGGGCAGCCGCUGUGCUUGCUGUAGUUGCGGCGGCGACGCCGGCGGUCGCAGCGAGUCAGGAGUCGGGGUUUGGCGGAGACGCCGGAUACGGGUGACGGCGACCAGGCCGGUUCCUCCCUGUCAGGAUUGGGGGCAUCGUCCCUGGAGGUGCCCAGAAAGAGAGGACACAAGUGAUGCGAACUAAUUUGAGUGAAUCCAUGGCCAAGGAACCCAGGGAUGUUGAAGGCUGACUACUGCAUGCUCACAGCUGUACCUGGUGCUUCAGAGGCAACCUCAUGCUGAUAUAGCUGGUACUGGACUGGCUGUUCUUCCUCCCGUCUCAUUGUCCCACAGUCCUUGCUUCGCGUUUGCAGGAUGUCAUCUGAUGAGGACAAGUUCUCACUUCACGUUGUUCACAAUGACUCUGACCAUUCCGUGUCCACAGACCUUCAGGAGGAGUAUGAAGAACUGCUUCGCUAUGCCAUCGUGAAUCCAAAUGCUGAAUCCAGUGCUUCCCAGCCAUCUCACCUUAAAGGAGAAGUGGCACCGGAUAGAUUUCCUACGCUAGCUGGAAAUAGCCCUGUAAGAGAAAUUGCACUGGAUGUUGGGAAAGGAUCAGAUUUAAAUAUUUCAAGCCAUUCAAAAUCAGGGUCACCCAGGAGACCACCUCACCCAGUCAUGGACUUCUUUGGCUCACAUUUUUUAGGUGACUCUUCCUCACCAGCCUCUCUUUCUACUCGGGCAGAUGCCCAUGAAAUAAUUGUGGGUGAUCAUCUUAUCUCUGAUGAAAAUUUUCAGAAGCUGGAUAAUGUACUUGACAUCUGGAGUUCAGGUCUUAAGACGAACAUUUUAUCUGAACUAAGUAAGUGGAGACUGAAUUUUAUUGACUGGCACCGAAUGGAGAUGAAAAGAGAGAAGGAAAAGCACGCGGUUGUCGUGAAGCAGCUGUCAAACCAGAUUGCUGACUUGAAGGAGCUGCAGAAAGCCUUUGAGAUUUCCAUCGGAAGAAAGGACGAGGUGAUUUCCAGCUUGUCUCAUGCCAUCGGCAAGCAAAAGGAAAGGAUAGAGUUAAUGAAAAGCUUCUUCCGCUGGAGAAUCGGCCAUGUCAAAUCCAGACAGGAAAUUUAUGAAGGUAAACUGGCUGACCAGUACUUUCAGAGAACUUUGCUGAAGAAAGUCUGGAAGGGCUGGCGUUCUGUGGUGCAAAGGCAGUGGAAAGAUGUGGUGGAACGGGCGUGUCAGGCGAGGGCUGAAGAAGUAUGUGUGCAGAUCUCCAAUGAUUAUGAAGCUAAACUUGCUAUGUUAUCUGGAGCUUUGGAAAAUGCAAAAGCUGAGAUUCAAAAAAUGCAACAGGAAAAAGACCAUUUCGAAGACUCCAUGAAGAAAGCAUUCAUGAGGGGAGUAUGUGCAUUAAAUCUGGAGGCCAUGACCAUAUUUCAGAACAAAAAUGAUGCAGGGAUAGACUUCACAAAUAAUAAAAAGGAAGAGAGUGGCCCUGGUGGCCCAGGAAGAGAACCUUCUGCUCACUGGGAUACUUCUUCGUCCACAAUGCCAUCAGCAGUUCCGUUACAGCCGCUGCCCUCUGGAGCAUUAGCAGCAGGAGUAGCCAGCUCCACUGCCAUCCCCUCGGCUGCUUCCCUGACCUCUGCAGGAGCUACAUCUGCCUCUUCUGUUCACAUUCCCAUCUCUAUUCUUAGUGCAGGAUCCGCAGCUACCCCUGCCCCGGAAGAAUCGUACGCACCAAGAGUCGUGACUGCAGCCCAGCAGAAAGCUGGGAAGACAAUCACAGCCCGGAUCACAGGUCGGUGUGAUUUUGGUUCCAAAACUAGAAUCAACAGCAGUUUGGCUAUUAUGGGAGUUUCUCCUCCCAUGAGCUCAGUCGUCGUGGAGAAGCAUCAUCCAGUCACAGUGCAAACCAUUCCUCAGGCAGCUGCUGCCAAGUACCCACGGACCAUCCAUCCUGAAGGCAGCAUCCCAGCUUCUAGGUCUCUUGGAGCCAGGCCAAGCCACACCCAGUCUCUCUCAAGCGUUCAGUCGAUAAAAGUGGUGGACUAGAGAGACUGUGUUCACACUCAGGGCUUUCAUUCCUCUGCUAAGGACUUUCCUGGGAGCAGCAAGUUUUUGGUUUUGACUUUUCUGUACUGUCAGAACAUCAUGGAUACAUCAUGUGCAUCUUUUCAGAAUUACAAGAGACUUCCCCAUCCUUUGUAACUGUAUGUAUAGAGUAUUUUAAUGUUAUUUUUAUUUAAACAAGUAGAACUUUUUAAUUAAAACAAACAAACUUGGUUCUGAACAUGUUCAGCCUUGCCAAUGAUUGCAUUGUUGAAAAAUAUAAAUCUUUUUCUGUACAUUAUUUCUAAAGGAAAUCAUUCCCACUGUUACUGAGCAGUAAUUUACAUAGAACUUUGAAACGGAACUUUACUUUCAUUACUAAAAUUAAUAGAAGCUAUUUUAUGACUUUUAAAUAAAGACCAAGAACAGCAGUGGUGUUUCUAAGCAGAGCUUUCCUGCCUUCACUGUAUGGCCUUCAUCUCUCAGGCUCUGGAAUAAACACAGAGGUGGGAAACAGACAGCAUCUGUAAAUAUUUGUAAGGCUAAAAGGGAAGAAAGUUUCUAAUUAGCACCAAAAACAGAAAGGAAUUCCCUGCUGGGAUGAGCCUGCUUCCACCUCUCUCUCAGAUGAGGCCUGCCCCACUGAGCCUGCCUAGUUCUCUUUGGCUCACCCACACAGUGCUGCAGAGGAGUAGCUCUUUGAGACAGCAGACCCAUGUGUAAGAUUAAUGGCCAGCCAUGUCUCCUCCCUGUAUGUCCAUCUGGGCCUCUACUCCCAUUCAUGUGUCGGUUUGGUCAUCUGAAGCCUCUACCAGUUUGAGCAUGAUCUACUUCUAUGCUCUCUCAUUUUAUUAUAAAAAGUCAUUUUUCUUGCUGCCUCAUACUUCAUGAAGAGACUUAAUGUAAUGUCGGCAAACAUGAUUCCAUUUUAUAAGAGUACUUAAGGCUAUUCUGAAUUAUAGGUGUAUCAGGCAGUGGCCCAGCUACGACUAUAGCAAAGUCAAUUAGUUUAAGUGACCAGCAAGCAGCAGCACCCCCUCUCAUGCCUUCCCUGUGGACAUGCUCUCCAGAACUGCCCUGUCCACCCAGGAAAGCCAGAAGGAACAGUGGGUGUGCUGGGGAGAUGGCUCAACAGUUAAGAACAAUGGCUGCUCUUCCAGAGAUCCUGAGUUCAGUUCCCAGCAGCCACAUGGUAGCACCCUAUCAUCUGUAAAGGGAUCUGAUGUCCUUUUCUGGCAUGUAGGUUUACAUACAGACAGCACCCCUACGUUUAAAUAAUAAAUAUAUAAUUUUUAAAAAUGGUAGGCUCCCCUAAGGGAUCACUCAUGUGAUCCAAAAUCAAAGCCCCACUAUGUGGAGCUCCAAAGAUAAGUCAGAACUACUAAGCACAUGCUGUUCCACAGAGGACCCUAGUUCAGUUCCCAGCACCCACUUGGCAACUUUAAACCAUCUGUAACUCCAGUUAUAGAAAACUCGACACCCUCUUCUGGCCUCUGCAGGUUCCAAGCCUGCAUGUGUACAUACAUAUAUGCAGGCAGAACACUCACACAUACUUAAACCUUUAAAACACAUAGUAACAAAUGCACCAAUCCAUCUCCCCUCCCCCAUGAACUGUCCUGUGAUGCAUUAAUCCAUCCCACCUUAGAACAGAACGUCCUUAGGAUCAGAGAGCCAAAAUUGACCCCGGUGGAACAUCCUCACCUUGCUGCUUCUUGGCAUCAUGCCUGUUUUCUACAAAAACCUUGGUCUUAGGCUCAGACCUAGAUUUAGUAUGCAAGCCAAGUCAUAUGGACAUCCUAAAGCAAGAUGAUGUAACUGGGACUGUUGCAGGCAUCAUGUAACUCUAAAAGUGCCAUGUUGUCCAGAUCACGAAAUAAAUUCACAGUGGCCUGAGUUAAAUAAUAUGAAGUUUAAUAUGAUGAAACACUCUGUAGAGUAUGCAUGUGUAUUUAUUCUACAUACGGAGGUUAUGUUGGAGUCGGAAUGUUGCCAUGGCCAGUGGAAACUGGCCAAACUGAAGAACAGACUGAGGUGAGACUUUAUUGAAUACUUUUUUAAAAUUCUGGAUCUUGUGAAUAUAUUGCCUGUUUUAAACAUUCCUAGUAUUAAAUGGGCCAUUUACAAUCAAUGUAAGAAAAACUGGAAACUAUUUUAUCAUUUUUCUCAUGAUAAAAUAACUAAAAAUUGCCCUUGAUUUUCUUACCAGCUUUUCCAGACCAGGAGUCAGAAUUGAGCUCCAGGCAGGCUUACAAUGAUACAAUGUACAACUGGUACAUGUUGUAACUUUCUCAGAUUACAAAAGGUAAUGCUUGUUUGUUCUGAACAAAACGGACUGUACCAGAGAGAACAAAGAAUUAAAAUUACCCACAUUUAGAGUAUGAAGGGUUUAAGAAUC